AUGUGAUUUUUGAUUUUUGAACUACUGUUUAGAUGACGUCAUUUCACAUACGGGACUCAUACCGAGCAAUGUGUAAGAACUAUGGCGGCUCUUUUGGGCUACUUGUUUGCUCGUGAGAGAAGAGAGGUCUAUCACGAUGUGAAUCCGGAUUGCAGAAAGCUAGUGCACGGUCCACUAACAAGUGAUCUGAUGAGGCGAUGCCGUCACAUACUGGCUCACCGGACUGACCAAGUCGACAGCCAGACGCAAUUAGAUUUUAAUGAUAUUAUGCGCGUUCUGAAAGAUUUGAAUAUGACACCAUCUCGAGCUCAAGUGGAAGAGAUGUUGCAGUUUGCAGCUGAAUGUUCUGGUCGACCUACGUCUACGUAUCUUACAUUUGGCGAACUGUGCUUGUUUGCUGUUGAUUUACAAGGAUCAUCAGAUGGUGGGAGCAGUGAUUAUCACUUUGAUAAAGUUGUCCAUAGACGAAAGAGAUUGCAGAGUGCUAAUCCAGAUAUUGGAGUGAGAUAUCAAGUGUUCCUUGGUGGCUCGUGCAAUCCAACAACUUGGAGGUGUGAUAUUGUGAUUCCCAUCUUAGAGGAGGCAGGAGUGACAUUCUACAAUCCACAAGUUGACCGCUGGUGUGAUGGCUUGAUUGAAGUUGAAGAACAGGCCAAGCAGUCUGCUGACUUGUGCCUUUUUGUCAUUGACAAUCAAACAAGAGGCGUUGCAUCGAUGGUUGAAGCUGCAUAUUUGGCAGCUUCUGGUCACCCUAUCAUACUCGUUAUGGUUGAUUUUGGUGAAAAUGUGGAAAUCGAGGGCAUUCCUUUGUCGCCAAGGGAACUGCAAGAUCUUAACAGAGGGCGAAUCUUUGUUAGCAAUCUAAUGGCCUGGCAGGGAUUACCUAUAUUUACUGACAUUGCAACGGCAGCGAGAGCAUGUUGCAAGGUUUUGAAUUCUGGUAUUUCUGUUACUUCACUGGGACCCAGUGAUGGUGCACAACCAGCAAAACUCACAGGAGCAUCCGUUGGUCGAAAGCUGCUAGCUGUCCACGAAGCCUUCAGUCAUUGCAAGCUUUUACAACUCAGCACUGUGUCUCGAAAGGAGGUUUCCUUGGUAUUAAGGUCAUUGUGUCUUCCUAAUGUGGAAGCUGAGUGUGACAUUAAUUCAGUGUUGCCUUGUCCACAUGAUGAUGGAGAUGAGUCAUAUGAUUUUAAUGAAUUCUGUAGUCUUGCAGCAGAAAUGAUGUCGCAGUCACAAUCAAAGACAUUAGUACAGUCCACUUUGAAUGGAUUAUCGCACCUAAUAUCGAGAUGGUUGAAUGUAAUUUGUAGGUUUCUGUUCAUUCGUGGGAGAAGUUGCACUUAUUUUAGAGAAGUGUUUCUGGGUGGAAGCUGUGGUGGUUCUACUUGGAGACAGAAGAUUACAAUUCCAAUGUUAAGAAAGCAUGCAGUAUCAUUCUACAAUCCGCAUGUUUCUCGUUGGAGUGUCCGAUUUCUACCUGUGGAGGCUGAGGCAAAAGCAAAAUGCUGGUAUCUUCUGUUUGUCAUUGACGACAGUUGUAGAUCAGUGGCAUCAUUAGUAGAGGUGGCAGGAUUUAUAGGAGAAGGUCGUCGCGUUGUUUUGUGUAGGAAGUUCAUGAAAGAAGGAACCGAAGUUGAUGGCCAUCAGGUAACUGGCCGUGCUCUUCGAGACUACAAUCGCGGGAGAAGUUACGUUUCUGAGUAUGCAAAUCAACAAAAUGUUCCUGUCUUUGACAGUGAAGCUGAAGCUACACAAUGCGUCAUUGCCAGGCUGCGUGGGCAAGAUACAGUAGACAAAGCAACUCGAGCUCUCAGGGGAUUGCGAGGGUCAGUAUCACUCGCUAGAACUUCAAGUCUCAGUAGACUAUAUGAACAGACAUGAAUGG